GACAUUUGGAGACACAUGAGAGACAUUUGGAGACACAUGAGAGACAUUUGGAGAACAUCCAGUAGGAAAUGUGUGAAGACAGUUUGUGUCCUGUCUGGAUCUCUGACGGUCAUGAAGGCUUCAGAACCUGGAAAUGUUACGGAAUUAAACGACCUUCCUUUGGAUGCAAAGCAGAUUAAACCCUAUCUGCUGGAGCUGCGACACAGAGCAGAGAAGGAACAUGUCAUUAAACCUCUCCUGAACUUAUCUGAUAACUUUCUGAUCAGGUUUCUCCGAGCAAGAGAUUUUGACGUGGAACUGGCACUGAAGUUAUUGAUUAAUUAUCAUAACUGGAGACAAGAGUGUCCUGAAAUAAGUGCUGAUCUGCGACCGUCCUCCAUCAUUGGCCUUCUGAAAAACAACUACCAUGCGGUUCUCAGAUCCAGAGACGCUGCUGGGAGCAGAGUGUUACUGUACAGGAUUGGUCGGUGGAAUACCAAAGAAUUUUCAGCGUAUGAAGUUUUCCGCAUCAGUCUCAUCACAUCUGAGCUGAUUGUACAGGAGAGUGAGACUCAGAUAAAUGGACUCAAAGCUAUUUUUGACCUUCAGGGCUGGUGUUUCUCUCACGCCUUCCAGAUCACACCUUCACUGGCAAAAAAGAUUUCCUGUAUCCUCACGGACUCGUUCCCGUUAAAGGUGCGUGGGAUCCACUUCAUAAACGAGCCCCGAUUCUUCCGCCCCGUGUUUACGAUGAUCAAACCGUUUCUGCCAGACAAAAUUAAACAGAGGAUUCAUUUCCACAGCAGCCAGUACACGACAAGCCUCGCUCAGUUCUUCCCUCAGUCCAUUCUCCCUCUGGAUCUGGGCGGCUCAGGGCCGAGUGUGGACGAGCUGUGUGAGGAAUGGACAGAGAACAUCCUGCAGGCUGAGGACUACCUACAGGGUCUGUGCAUGGAGUUAGGAGGAAACUCAUCUCAGAGCUGAUGACAUCAUUGUCUUGCUGAUGUUCUGACUAAACUUCUCACUUUUACUAUAUUACAGAAAUGAGAAGUUACUAAAUGGCUGCAUAUAUUUUACUGAGUUCAUUUAUAGCAACAUAUAUUUUGUUUUUUACAGUUUCACAGGUCUUCCUCCCUCAUUAAACAAUGAAAACUGUCCAGUAA